UAUAAGGUUUACAAAAAAUGUUUUAAAGAAAACUUCGCACAGAGGGUCAAGGUCGGAGUUGUAUGAGAAAAACAUGUUCAGCCCGUGAUAUUUUGUUCAGUACUACGUACAUGUUUGGAUCAGUUGAGUAAGCUGAAAAUAUUUCCACUUGUGUACCUCAAAUAUAGUUUGGGCGAACUAAUAAUACGUGCACCUGAAUAUCAAACACUAGCAGGACAAUGUCCACACCUAAGAAGCUCCGUCUGAUCACUUACUUGUCCCCAGGGAUUCCCAUUGAGGUGUUUGAACUUCUUCUGCACUAUCUUGAGGAUGUCACAGGACUGGAGGGGUACCUGAUGACAGAAUCACGCUGGAGUGGUCCUCCCCCAGACAGGAGGGACCCAUUCACAGAGGAAGAUGCCGAUAUUGGAUUUAUGAGCAGUUCAGCCUACCUGCGUUUGAAACAAGAAGGGAACAAUUAUAUAGAUCUGUGUUCAGCAGCUCCUGUACACCCACACAUUAAGGGAGGUAGUGAACCAGUGUACUUCUCUGAUGUUGUGGUCAAUGGUAGUAAAAAGGCAAGUUACACCACAUUUGUGGAUCUAAAAGGACAGACAUUUGCUUUCAAUGAUCCAGUCUCGCUGAGUGGAAGUCUGAUAGUUCUAGGCAAUCUAAAAAAAAUGGGCUAUAAUUCCAACUUCUUUGGCAACAUGCUGCAUUCUGGUUCCCAUUUGAACUCCAUACAGAUGAUAUUGGAUGGUAAAGCAGAUGUGGCAGCCAUUGACUCUAAUGUCCUGCAGUAUUAUCUCAAACAAAAUCCACAAAAUAGAGAAAACUUGUCAGUCUUAACUUCAUUUGGACCAAUGCCAGUUUAUCCUACCAUCUUCAAUUCUCGACUCAGCUCUGACUUUAAGAAGCAGAUAUCAGAUGCCUUGCUGAGAAUGCACAAAAUACCAGAGUGGAGGUCAAGGAUGAACGAGUGCUACAUUCAGAACUUUGCCGAGAUAGACGAAUCUCUGUAUAACAUUGAAACAGGGCUCAUGGAUGUUGUCAAGGGACUUAGCUUAUCUAAUAUCUACUAUUGACCAUAGCAACAUACAUUAUUAUUUGCUAAAGUCAGCUUUAAAAACAAAUCCUCUGUUCAUUACGAUGAUCAGAUUUGAAAUCUGAAUAAGGCUACUGAAAGUAACAAAGAAAUGAGCUCUUGACAAGAACUGUCAAAAAAAAAAAAGAAUCAGGUUGCGAAUGGGACAAAUUUUCAUUUAUACGUCUACAUUUUUUUAACAUUUUUUUAUUGCGCAUUUGUUGCUGAUGUUUAUAAUAGCCACCAAUAUUUUUAGUGCCAUAUAUAAAUUUUUUUUUGCAAAAACAAAAGGCAAUAUUUAAAUAAUACUGUAAGCAUGAAAUAUCAACAAUAAUUACAUGUAUAUGUUGGAGUAUAUUUUUAUGGUUUAAAAGCAAAAUGGAAAAUUCAUGUGUAUUUAUAGAAGGUUUAUACAUUCCUGUUUUUAUUGGUUCAGGUGGAAUUAAUAAUAAAAAUGUACAUUCAAA